AUGGAAAUAUCAGGCAAGCUUCACCUCCUCCUCCCUCUACAGUCCUGUCCACCUCCUCCUCCUCCCUCUACAGUCCUGUCCACCUCCUCCUCCUCCAUCUACAGUCCUGUCCACCUCCUCCUUCUCCCUCUACAGUCCUGUCCACCUCCUCCUUCUCCCUCUACAGUCCUGUCCACCUCCUCCUUCUCCCUCUACAGUCCUGUCCACCUCCUCCUCCUCCCUCUACAGUCCUGUCCACCUCCUCCUCCUCCCUCUACAGUCCUGUCCACCUCCUCCUCCCUCUACAGUCCUGUCCUCCUCCUCCUCCCUCUACAGUCCUGUCCACCUCCUCCUUCUCCCUCUACAGUCCUGUCCACCUCCUCCUCCUCCCUCUACAGUCCUGUCCACCUCCUCCUCCUCCCUCUACAGUCCUGUCCACCUCCUCCUCCUCCCUCUACAGUCCUGUCCACCUCCUCCUCCCUCUACAGUCCUGUCCACCACCUCCUCCUCCCUCUACAGUCUUGUCCACCUCCUCCUCCUCCCUCUACAGUCCUGUCCACCACCUCCUCCUCCCUCUACAGUCCUGUCCACCACCACCUCCUCCCUCUACAGUCCUGUCCACCACCUCCUCCUCCCUCUACAGUCCUGUCCACCUCCUCCUCCUCCCUCUACAGUCCUGUCCACCACCUCCUCCUCCCUCUACAGUCCUUUCCACCUCCUCCUCCUCCCUCCACAGUCCUGUCCACCACCUCCUCCUCCCUCUACAGUCCUGUCCACCACCUCCUCCUCCCUCUACAGUCCUGUCCACCACCUCCUCCUCCCUCUACAGUCCUGUCCACCACCUCCUUCUCCCUCUACAGUCCUGUCCACCACCACCUCCUCCCUCUACAGUCCUGUCCACCUCCUCCUCCUCCCUCUACAGUCCUGUCCACCUCCUCCUCCUCCCUCUACAGUCCUGUCCACCUCCUCCCUCCUCUACAACCCAUCACACCCUUCUCCUUCCCUCUGUAGCCCUGUGUGUCCCAUAUAGCACCUCUACAACCCAUCACACCCUUCUCCCUCCCUCUGUAGCCCUGUGUGUCCCAUAUAGAACCUCAUUCCAGGGCCACCUUGUUCCUGGCCUGCUGUAGGAUUCAGUUCCAACUCGGCACCACACAUGACCAAUUGAGUUAAUUGAUCAGUUUGGUGAUUAAAUUCAACACACCUGGUCUUCCAGGUGGGUUAAAUCAAAAACAUGAAGUGCCAGGACCAGGGUUGCCAACCCCUUCCCUAUUCCCUAUAUAGCACACUUCAUUUGACCAGGACCCAUAGGGUAAAGUAGUGUGAUGUGUAGGGAAUAGGGUGAAAUUUGGGCUGCAGACACUGGACUGGAUUGUGGAGGAACAGAAUGUGUGCAGGAAAGGCUCAGACUAACAGGCCUCCUCUCCCACCCUCACCCUGCACUCCCACCCUCACCCUGUAGCCUCCUCUCCCAACCUCACCCUGUAGCCUCCUCUCCCACUCUCACCCUGCAGCCUCCUCUCCCACCCUCACCCUGCAGCCUCCCUGCAGCCUCCUCUCCCACCCUCACCCUGUAGCUUCCUCUCCCACCCUCACCCUGUAGCUUCCUCUCCCACCCUCACCCUGUAGCCUCCUCUCCCACUCUCACCCUGCAGCCUCCUCCCGCCCUGCAGCCUCCUCUCCCACCCUGCAGCCUCCUCUCCCACCCUCACCCUGCAGCCUCCUCUCCCACCCUCACCCUGUAGCUUCCUCUCCCACCCUCACCCUGUAGCUUCCUCUCCCACCCUCACCCCGCAGCCUCCUCUCCCACCCUCACCCUGCAGCCUCCUCUCCCACCCUCACCCUGCAGCCUCCUCUCCCACCCUCACCCUGCAGCCUCCUCUCCCACCCUCACCCCGCAGCCUCCUCUCCCACCCUCACCCCGCAGCCUCCUCUCCCACCCUCACCCUGUAGCCUCCUCUCCCACCCUCACCCCGCAGCCUCCUCCCGCCCUGCAGCCUCCUCUCCCACCCUCACCCUGCAGCCUCCUCUCCCACCCUCACCCUGUAGCCUCCUCUCCCACCCUCACCCCGCAGCCUCCUCUCACCCUGCAGCCUCCUCUCCCACCCUCACCCUGCAGCCUCCUCUCCCACCCUCACCCUGCAGCCUCCUCUCCCACCCUCACCCCGCAGCCUCCUCCCGCCCUGCAGCCUCCUCUCCCACCCUCACCCUGCAGCCUCCUCUCUCACCCUGCAGCCUCCUCUCCCACCCUCACCCCGCAGCCUCCUCUCCCACCCUCACCCCGCAGCCUCCUCUCCCACCCUCACCCUGCAGCCUCCUCUCCCACCCUCACCCUGUAGCUUCCUCUCCCACCCUCACCCUGUAGCCUCCUCUCCCACCCUCACCCCGCAGCCUCCUCCC